AUGCUUCUGUUCAGAAGAUUGUCACUAUUAUUAAGCGAGCUAUGCACUCCUGAUAGGAGGGCUUGGGAUCUUUCAAAGAAUGGUAAGUUUUCGUCUAAAUCUGCCUACAUGGGGCUCAGAGCUCUUAGGCCCUCCCCUUGUAAGAAUCUUUGGAAACGCAUUUGGAAAAUUAGAGUCCCCUACUUUCAAGUCUUUGUUUGGAGAGCAGCUAGAAAUGCUCUGCCUACCAGAACUGUUUUGCAUACUAGAAUGUCUAUGCAUAGUGUUGAUUGUGCUAGGUGUAAUGAUCCUCAUGAAUCUAUUAUGCAUGCCUUGGUUAUCUUCCCCUUCGCUAGCAGAGUCUGGUUCAUGUCUGAUUUUAGCAUAAAUACCGAAUUUUUUCAAGAUAAAUCUUUUACUGACUGGCUUUUGUUUUGUUUAAUUGAUCCUUUGUCUAAACUUCCUGAUGAAGCUCAGUGUCUCUUCAUUGCCAUCUUGUGGUCUCUUUGGACUAGUAGAAAUAAUUUCAUUUUCCAAAAUCUGACAGAAACUCAUGUAGCAGUCUUAGCUAGAGCUAGAGCAAUGCUUCUCACUAGGAAACCCUGUUUUACACUCUCUACUACUACUUAUGUCAGUCUAUGUGAUAAAUGGAUGCCCCCCUCUUUUGGAUGGAUUAAGUGUAACAUUGAUGGUGCUUAUGAUGACAUUUCUGGAACAAAUGGUGCAGGGUAUGUGAUGAGGGAUUUCUCAAGCAAAGCCUAUUUUUGUGUCUCCAUGGUUUUUGAAGUAAAGUCUGCUGAAGAAGCUGAAGCCAGAGCUAUUUUGGCAGUCCUGAAGAAAGCCUUGGAGCGGCAGUUAACUCAUAUCAUUGUUGAAAGUGAUGCGAAGAUUCUCAUUGAUCAAUUUCAGCUGGCCUCUCAUGAAUUAGCUCAACGGGCAAAAACAAACAAUGCUUCAAUGUACUGA